AUGGGUAAGUUUCUUGUUGUCUAUAUUGAUGAUAUCCUCGUCUAUAGUAAGACUAAGGAGCAACACCGUGGCCACUUCAUACAAGUUUGCUCUACCCUUCAUGCGACUAACCUGUAUGCUAAUGUCAAGAAGUGUUCCUUUUUCAUCGUUACUAUAGUUUUUCUGGGGUUCAUUAUCUCUUCAACAGGGGUGUCUGCUGACCUUACUAAGAUUCAGGAGAUAAUUGACUGGCCUGAGCCGAAAGCUAUCCAUGACGUCAGGAGCUUUCACGGCUUAGCUACAUUUUACCGUCAUUUUAUUAAGGGGUUUAGCACUAUUAUGGCGCCUAUCACGGAGUGCAUGAAGAAAGGGGAGUUUCAUUGGACACAAGAGGCGGCUAAGGCCUUUAAGUUAGUUAAGAAGUGA